UACCCAACUUCCAGAUAAGAGGGAAUAUUCCUAUGCCACCAAACUAACAGUGAACAAAGACAAAUCAUUAUGUCUUCUAACCUGUUCAAUCUUAUCUAAGCGAAGACCAGUUGAUCAUCAAUCUUAUUUCCUUCUCUUCAAUGCUUUGAAGUUGAUUGAUUGAUCAAACGGAGAAAUCACGGGGGCGGUUAAAAAAUGAGGCAGCUGUACUUCUGGUUGUUCAAAGUAAUUUUAAUUUCAUAUGCAUCGUUGGGGAAUUGGAAAUGUGAGAGUGCAGGGAUUACAAGUGCUUUUCUUCGAUCAGAGUGGCCAUCCAUUGAUAUCCCUCUUGAUAAUGAAGCAUUUGCUGUUCCAAACGGUCAUAAUGCACCGCAACAAGUGCAUAUAACGCAAGGUGAUUAUAAUGGGAAGGCUGUCAUUAUUUCUUGGGUGACAGCUGAUGAACCAGCGCCCAGCAAAGUGCAGUAUGGCAAAUCAGAGAACAAAUAUGAUUUUUCUGCAGAGGGGACAAUGACAAACUACACCUUUUAUAAGUACAAGUCUGGCUAUAUACACCAAUGUCUGAUAGAUGGUCUUGAGUAUGAUACGAAGUACUAUUACAAGAUUGUGAGUGGUGAUGCUUCUCGGGAAUUUUGGUUUCAAACACCUCCGAAGAUUGAUCCAGAUGCUUCUUACAAAUUUGGAAUCAUUGGUGACUUGGGGCAGACAUAUAAUUCUCUAUCCACUCUUAAGCAUUACAUGCAGAGUGGAGGACAAACUGUGUUAUUUGUUGGUGAUCUUUCAUAUGCUGAUAGAUAUCAGUAUAAUGAUGUUGGCAUACGUUGGGAUUCAUGGGGUCGGUUUAUUGAGCAAAGUGCAGCAUAUCAGCCUUGGAUUUGGUCUGCUGGGAACCAUGAAAUAGAUUACAUGCCAUAUAUGGGUGAAACAACUCCAUUCAAAUCCUUUCUCCAUCGUUAUCCUACUCCUUACUUGGCCUCCAAAAGUAGUAAUCCUCUUUGGUAUGCAAUCAGACGUGCAUCUGCCCAUAUAAUUGCGUUAUCUAGCUACUCUCCAUUUGUAAAGUACACUCCACAAUGGAUCUGGCUCAAAGAUGAAUUUAAAAAGGUUGACAGGGAGAAGACACCUUGGCUGAUUGUUCUCAUGCAUGUCCCAAUCUACAACAGUAAUGAAGCACACUUCAUGGAAGGUGAAAGUAUGCGAGCAGUCUUUGAGAGUUGGUUCAUAAAAUAUAGAGUUGAUGUAGUCUUUGCUGGCCAUGUUCAUGCUUAUGAAAGAUCGUACCGAAUCUCAAAUGUAAAUUACAACGUAUCUAGUGGUGACCGUUAUCCUGUAGCAGACAAAUCUGCCCCCGUUUACAUUACUGUUGGGGAUGGAGGAAAUCAAGAAGGUCUAGCUGGAAGUUUUAGAGACCCACAACCAGAUUAUUCUGCAUUCCGUGAAGCCAGCUAUGGGCAUUCUACACUUGAGAUUAAGAACAGGACACAUGCAUUCUACCACUGGAACCGCAAUGAUGAUGGGAAAAAAGUGGCAACUGACUCGUUCAUAUUGCACAAUCAGUACUGGGCACGCAAUCUCAGAAGGAGAAAACUGAGGAAACAUUGUAUUAGGAGUGUUGUUGGCCAAAUGGCUAGUUACUGAUGAGACGUUGGGCAUCUCAGGCGUGAUAAAUUGGUAUCACUCAUCAAGGAGGAUAAAGCUGGAGAGAAAGAUUGAACCAUGACAUGUUUAAUUCUCAAAACUAUUAGUAUGUGUCAUUAUUGUCUAUAGAAUUGGUUAAAUGUACCAACUGUAUUGACCCAUUUGUAGAAAAAUAUCUAUCAGGUUGUUGUUCUAUUGAUUAUAUGUAUUGUUGCUGCUUACUGAUAGAACUGGUUGAAUGUACCAACUGUACUGACCUAUUUGGAAAAAUGAAUACAUUCAAGUUAUUGUUCUAUUGAA